AAAAGCGGACUGAAUUACUUCACUGUUCGUUUCACCCUUUCCGUCCUGCCACCAUGGAGUACGUUAAAUCGCAUUCCGUUAAUAUGGAGGAUCGCCGUCUGAGCCACUGGAGCACCGCGCAGUGGUAUGCCGGUCAAGUUACCCUCAACUUUGGUCUGCUGUAUAUCGCCUUCGAUGCCUUCUCCAGCACCCUCCCGCUGUACAUGGCGGGGGACUUCAUUAAAGCCUUUGCUGUGAUUGCGGGUAUAUUGUCCAUGAUUGUGGCGGGAUUCGGUCAGGGGGUGGUAGCACCCCGUCCCGGCGCCAACUGGAAGGGACGGCAGCGUAACGUGGCGGUGGCGUAUGGCGGUUUCUCCAUUCUUAGCGCUCUUAUCAACCUGGCAACGCUUGGAUUUGUCUGCUAUUUGAUGUCCAUAACGGCAUGGGAAUUCGGGAUGAUCGGUGAAUUUCUACGCAGAAACGUCGUCAGUGGAAUCUUCGCCAUUAUCAGUGCCCUCUCCUUGGUAAUGUUGCUGCUAGCGCCGUUGGUUAAUGCCAUCUGUGAUGUCGCCUGUGCCAUCAAUGCCUUUCGGUUAUAAUGUUUGUAAACGAGGCUUUCUGCGGAGGAAACAGCCUGCCUAGAACCAUAAUAGUCUUCAUUAUGGCAACAAGCCGCAACAUCAUUUCAGUUCUUUGGUUACUGCGUACCUAAAUUUUUAUACUUCUAAAGUGACCGAAUGGCAAGGACGAAAACUACAUACACAGUACAUUGCUGAUUGCAUGGUAACGAGUACUCACUGAAACUUCUUUCUCAGCCAUCAUCUUAUUAAAUUCUGAUUAAACGG